UAGGCUCUGGGCGCCUCGCAAGUCUCUGUCAACAAAUGGCCUCCGUCCCGUUGGUUUUGCGGAGAGCGUUUUAGCGGAGAAGCUGCUGCAUUGCUACCGGCCCCUGGUCACUCUCUUCACCUUCACCAAGAGACUGUGUGAGUGAGUGAGUGAGUGAGAGACAUAGAGAGAUAGAGUGUGUGUGUGUGUGAGAGAGAGAGAGAGAGAGAGAGACAGACAGAGAGAUAGAGAGAGAGUGUGUGUGUGAGGGAGAGACAGACAGAGUGUGAAAGGAGGCAGCGCAGAAAGCUGUUGGAGCACGCAGUGUGCUGUAGCGCAGCUGAAGCAUUUCAGUCUCUCUCUCUCUCUCUCUGUGUGUGUGUCCCUCUCUGUGGUUAUUGCAAGACCUUCCCACUUCUGGCCUGCAGCAGAUGGCAGAGCAGGGGACUAGAUUAGCAGCAAUCCUGGACAGGACGUACCACACUCUCUUUGUGAUGAAGGGCAGCUGGGAGGACCUCCAUCCACGUGAAUGAACGCGGAGCCCGGGAGCGGUGCUGGAAGUGAGGCGGGGCCCGGCGCUGGCCGAGAAUGGAGCCGAACACCUUCUCCCGGAUCCGGCUGUGGUGCCCCAGGCCGCUGGGCAGCUACUCCCAGAACAAGCCGUGCUGCAUCAGCGUCAAAAAGUCUGCCCCUGCGGGCGAUGCCAGGCACAAGGAGGGCGAGGCCUCGUGCUCCGAGAACGUGCCCCCACAGGCCCCCUUAGGCCCCGCCGGGGGCGGCGCCGCUGGGGACGGGCAGGGGGAGGAGGGGAGGGUCCUCCUGGACACGUGGUAUGUCAUCAAACCGGGCAACACCAAGGAGAAGAUUGCCUUCUUUGUGGCGCACCAAUGCGAGGGGGGGGGCAUUGGCAGGACCACCAACGCCGUCAAGGUCAAGGGCAACUGGAGCACGGAUGGCACGAAGCCCAAGAGGAGGCGCAAGUCCCGCGAGCCAGGCCAGGAGGGGUGCCCGGCCAGGCCGAGGGAACGGACCGGGAUCCCCGACAGGCUGUGCCCUUGUUCUGGGCCGGUGGAGAGCGAGCCCGCGGCCGACCCGGCCUUCUCAGUGGCGGAGAUGGUAGCGCGGGUGGAGAGGAGGGCGGCUGCCGGCGAUGGGGCCUCCCCUCCGCGUGGACCGGCGCACCCGCCCCCUGAGCCGAGCGAGGCCCAGGCCGAAGCCCAGGAACCGGGCCCUGUUGGGGGGAGCGCCGACACCCGCAGGGUGGCUCAGGCCAUCGCCCGGAUCGAGAAGGCCCAGCGUGGGUGGGCCCAGGACGGCAGGCGCGAGGGGGAGGGGGAGGGGGGCGCAGCCGGAGGUGGGGAGAGGGCGCCGUGCCCGGCCGGGGAGGUGCGCAUUGCCUUCCGGGUGGCGAGCGGAGACCCCCGCUCCCAGGGGGAGGCCCAGUCCCCGGGCCCGGGACCCGGCUGCAUCUUCAUGAGCUGUAACCACACGGUGUGCGGCGGCGUUUCGAUGGAGAAGAUCACAUGCGACCUCUACCACAUCGUCAGCCCCUCCUCCUCCUCCUCCUCGUCCGUGCCCCCCCCUGACGCCAGCAGCAUCAACAACAACCACCAUCACCACCACCACCACCACCGCGGCUUGGCUCGCUCUCGCUCGGACGUGGAGAUGGCGACGGCCCCCCUUGCCGAAGAACCGCGGAAGGAUGGCGCCCCCGAGGCGGCUGGCGGGGCCUCCCCAACCACCCCCACCACGCCCCCGGCCUCGGCCCCGGAAAAGGGAGCGCCCCGGGACUGCCUGAACGGUUUCCACGUUGAGGUGGUGGUGACCGGCGGUGUGGACCAUUCUGUCUUCUUCGGCCGGGAGGGCCAAGCCGGGGACAAGGAGGACACGGUGUGCGUGACGGUCAGCGGGCCCGGCCAGGACGCCAAAUGCCCGGCUUGCGAGGACCCCCCUCCUGGCCAGCUCUUCUUCCUCAGGUCCCUGCCCCAGGCGACCGGCGACGGCGUCGAAGUAUCACCCGACCAGGCCCCGGGGCCUUCCCCGGACUCCAAGGAGAAGGCCGUGCUGCUGAGCCCCGAGUCCGACCCUCAGGACGCCCCGCUCUACUGCCUCUACCGCCACGUCUCGCACGACUUCCUGGAGAUCCGGUUCAAAAUCCAGCGGCUCCUGGAACCCCGGCAGUACCUCCUGCUCCUGCCCGACCACGUGACGGUAAAGAUCCUCAGCUACCUCCCCACCCGGGCCUUGGCGGCCCUCAAGUGUGUCUGCCACCACUUCAAGGCUGUGAUCGAGGCCUACGGGGUGCGGGCCACGGACUCGCGGUGGAACCGGGACCCCCUGUACCGUGACGACCCCUGCAAGCAGUGCAAGAAGCGAUACGAGAGGGGCGACGUCUCCCUGUGCCGUUGGCACCCGAAACCUUAUCACCACGACCUGCCUUACGGACGCUCCUAUUGGAUGUGCUGCCGACGGAAAGACCGGGACACCCCAGGGUGCUGUAUCGGGCUCCAUGACAACAACUGGGUGCAGCCUAGCGACACACUAAAGAAGGAGGAGGGGAGGUAAAACAAAAAAAAACACCCUGUGGACGGAAGAGGAACGUUCUGUUUUACGAAAAACUCUCCCCCUCCCCUCCUGACUGAACAUUCCAGCUUCUCGUGUGCUCGAGAUAUUUAGUUUCUGUUUCGUUUUGAAGGGGUUUGGGCUGUCGCCGUGCGUAUGAUGUGAGAUUAAUUGUCGAGAGCAUGAUCAAGAUUGUGUUCUUCCUUCUCUUUCAAUUUUUUUUUUGCUUCCCCCCCUCCCCUCCAACCCACCUUGUUAUCCAAAUAUAUCGAAGCGUAAUUUAAGAUCAACACAAGUGCAGCUUCUUUCAUCCGCACCGUCUAGCCCCUUCCUCAAAAUCCAAAUUCUCCCUGAGCCGUUUCCUUAGCAACCGCUUGCCCAUUCUUCCAGCCGCCAUCUUGGUUUCCCCUUGACGCCAUUGAGGGUACAAAAUCAGCAGUGACCUCGCCCCCUGGGCUCCGUUGGUGUGACCUGGCGGUUAUUAACCCUUUAGAGUUACAAAGUUCUCUCCACCGAGUCCUGCCUGACCUCCACGGAGGUUUUAAGGUAGCGCUGGGCCUGAUUCAGAAUGGCCAAGUUUAGGACUUCUUGUCUGCAGGCAGAGCGAUGCUAAUGUGGUUGAACAGGUCAGUAAUUGUUGCAGGAGAGAGAGAGAGACACACACAUCACCUCAACUUGUCACACAUUAGGACAGAAUGCCAAAUAUUAAACGAGCAAAACAAUUUUCUGAAGAAGGGUCUAGGCCCGAAACGUCAGCCUUCCUGCUCCUCUGAUGCUGCUUGGCCUGCUGUGUUCAUCCAGCUCUACACCAUGUUAUCCCUUAUUCCUGAGGAGGUUGUUUGAAAUUCGAUACUCUCGUGUUUGUCCUGAUGUGAUUUUUUUUUUGGCAACUUGUCUCUCUCUCUCUGUCUGUUCAACAAUCUCUUCCAACAGUCCCUCUCCCAAAGUGGGAAGGAUAUAUCCAUGAAAAUAUGAAACAUACCAUGCCUGAUGUCACGCCAGUUUGAGAGAGAGGAGAGGAGGUUGGAGGGAGUGGGAAAACGCGGGAUUCAAUCACGGAGCCCCACACAGCUUCAUUAGCUGUUCUAUAUCUGUGGGUCGUGGGGAAAGGUGGCAUUAAAAUUGGUCCCCUUUGCAACCAAUUUAUGGGUUGAGGGGGCACCUGUGGUAGAUGGUGAGGGGAGGGGGUGGGGCGGGGCAACCCUUGGAAUGGUAGCUGAGCGAAUCGAUGUGAAGCAACAUGAAACACUGGUUACAAACACUAAUUGGAUUCAAACCCAUGUCACUCCCAAAGGGCAGGCUUCCCCAUUGUCGGGAAGGGUAGGUGUCGUGGCAAUUUUGUCCAACCCUGGGUUCAAAUCCCGUCGUAGCAUCUGGUGACAUUUAGAUUUCAAUUAAAAUGUUUUUUUACAAAAUAUCUGGAAUUGAAAGCUGUCGGUAACGAGGACUGUGAAACUAUGAUCAAUUGCUGUGAAAACAUCCUCGAUGUCGUUCACUGAUGUCCUUUUAGGGAAGGAAAUCUGCCAUCUUUACUCGGUCUGGUCUAAGGCAAACAUAGAUUUUUGAACACUAAAGGAAUUAAAGGGUCCUGGGUAAAAUUCC